GUGUCGUCAUUGUGAGAAAGCCUGGGAGUGGCAGGAGGAAGUAGCGGAAGAGAAGAAAGAAGAAGAAGAAGAAGAAGGAGGAGGAAGACGAAGAGGUCGAGCAGCUCCACGCGAAUCAGGAUUUCCCUGAAUAUUUUGAGAGCAUCCUUCAGUUCACGGCAGCAGUAUGGCUGAGGGCACAGUGUCAGUAGCAGAGGUGGAGACCGCCUUCCAGAAGUUUGCGGUCCAUGGAGACAGUAAGGCCACAGGGAAAGAGAUGAACGGCAAAAACUUUGUUAAGCUCUGCAAGGACUGCAAAAUCAUCGAUGCCAAGAACGUCACCACUACAGAUGUUGACAUCGUUUUCAGCAAAAACAAGGCCAAGUCAGCUCGUGUAAUCACAUUUGAGCAGUUCAACCAGGCCCUGACAGAGUUGGCUCCCAAACGUUUUAAAGGGAAAGAGGAGUCUCUUCAGCAGCUCUAUAGUCUCAUUGUUGGCAAGGAGCCUGCCAACAUCGGAGUCACUGUGAGUAUUUAA